AAUAAACAAUUUCUCUUCAUAUAAAAGGAGGUGGAAGCGCCCAGACUGUUACAGAUUCGAAUCUUCUCAAGUAAUUCAAUUACUUAACGAACGACAAAAUCCGAAAAUUAAUUUCAAAUAUGGUGUCUAAGGUUUUUCUAGCACUCUGCGUUGUGGUAGCAGUAGCGGCCGCUUUACCAGCAGGCGCUGGCCCGGCCACCGGCACCAACCCGUGGAUCCCGCCGUGGGUGGCCGCCGCCCCCUGGAUGCCCAAAUGGGCGCCCUGCCCCGUCAUCGGCGCUGACUGCCUGGACUGCACCACCAAGGUCGUCUGCACCAAGAUCGGAGGCAUCGAGAAGCCGUGUGCCGACCCCGCCUACCCUCAUUGCAACAUGGGAGAGUGCUCAGCUACUCCGUCGGCCCAGUGCGCCCCCGCCCCCGCUGCCGCCCCCGCUGCCGCUGUCUAAGAAAAAACCCAAUGGAAUAUACAUGGUUCUGAAUACUAUGUAUGUAUAACAUUUCUUGGUUGUGAUAUUUUGAUGAUCUUAAAUUCAGGCCUGUUGGAGUUGAUGUUAAAAUUCAAAUAUAAUUUGAUUUAAAAUUA